AAGUGGGCCCCCCCCGAUAGUGGUAGUCAAGAGAAGGAGUACUGGUUGUUAGGCCGAGGCACGAUCAUCAUUGUCGUCAGACAGUCUGGAUGACGAUGUGCGAAGACCAACAUUGAGGGGGACGUGGUAUAAAGUCAUUGUUGAGAGGCCGAUUGCAAAUUGCCCCGGGGUGAUUGUCCCCUCGAUCAAUCCUCAAUACAUCGAGUGGUGGGAAAAUGAUGGAUCAUGUGAUGAAAUAGCAAAAAAAAAAAAUAAGAACACAAGGAUAUUCCCAUUCACUUCAACCCCCUCAAAGUUCGAGAGAUGUUUCUUGCCAGUGUAUUUCAAAGAGAAAAACGCCAAUUCAGACGCUCACGAGCCAGAUCGAACAGGGUAAACUCAAAAGUCAAUUAUAUAUAGAAGACAACUACAGCUCUUGCAUCGGGUAUAAAUCUUCCAAGAUAACGAAACCGUAAAGACGACAAAGACGGGGUAAGGGAAUUUUAGCGGAGUGGUUUUGUGAUCGUUUUGUUCAGUGUAUCAUUGAGUGAGUGACAGGAUAUGUCGCGUGAAGAUACUGAAGACACUGGUAAAUGUGAGUACACUAUGGAAAUGCAAAUAGUGGAAACUAAAGAGCCGAAGGAAGCCAAUUACAAAGAAAAGAAUGGAGUUUUGGAGCCGAUACUCAAGCCGGCAAGACUCAAGGAGGGCCAAAAAAUUUUCCAAUGUCUAUCGACAUUGAUAGUUGGAUUGAUGGCAAUGCAGAGCGGAAUGACAUUGAGCUGGACAUCGCCUACGAUACCUCACUUGGAGCUGAAUACAUCGUUUCUCGGUGGCCUUGAUGGCACACAAGUGUCCUGGGUCAGUUCGCUGAUGCCUCUGGGUGCCGUUGUGGGUGCACUACCAGCGGGAAUGAUAGCCGACAGCAUCGGAAGAAAAUCAGCAUUAAUGAUAACAACAAUUCCACUACUGCUGUCCUGGCUAAUGAUCAUAUUUCUACGUAGUUUAAACAGCUUGUAUGCGGCCAGAUUUAUGGGAGGCAUUGGAUCUGGUGCAGUGUGUGUUCUAGUACCACUUUACAUCGGCGAGGUGGCUGAACCCUCGAUUCGUGGUGCCCUAGGAUCAUGCUUCGCACUGUUAUUCUCCUCCGGUGUUGUUUUUAUCUACAUCGUUGGUGCCUACACCAGCUACAUUAUCCUCAAUAUCGCUUGCUGCGGUAUGCUUGUACCCUUUCUACUCUCUUUUUACUUUCUCCCUGAGUCACCCAUAUGGCUUGUCCAAAAUAAUCGCAUCAAAGAGGCAGAAAAAUCACUCGGCAUUUUGAGGGGUAGAUUUUACGAGCCCAAAUUGGAGAUAACUGUACUCCAGGAGGAGGCUGAUCGGGUCAUGAGGAGUCGUGGUGGGUUUAGGGACUUAAUUGGUACACGUGCUGGAAGAAAGGCCAUUGGCACAUGUCUCGGGCUCAUGUGGUUUCAACAGAUGUGUGGAAUUGAUGCUGUUCUAUUCUACACUGUUAAAAUCUUCCAGGAAGCCGAGAGCUCCAUUGAUCCGUUUUUAGCUACCAUCAUUAUAGGACUUAUUGAAGUGGUUAUGGCAGCAGUUGUCGCUGUUACUAUUGACAAAUUUGGGAGGAAACCACUGCUGGUGUUGUCUGGCACUGCUAUGACACUUUGCCUUGGUGUACUUGGGUAUUAUUUCAAGCUGCAGACUGAUGGCUUUGAUGUCAGGUCCAUUGCUUGGCUGCCACUUACAAGUCUUGCUCUGUUUAAUGUUGUUUUUAGUCUUGGUUUUGGAUCGGUACCAUUCGCUGUCAUCAGUGAAUUGUUCCCUCCUGAGACCAAGGGGGUCGCUAUCAGUAUGUCAAUUAUUGUCAAUUGGACACUUGUAUUUGUCGUCACGAAAUUCUACCCACCGAUGAUCUAUCUCAUUGGACAAGCCAAGACCUUCUGGCUUUUUGCGUCCAUGGCCUGUGCAUCAGCUGUGUUUUCGUUUGUAUUUGUUCCCGAGACUAAGGGAAAGACACUGCGGGAAAUUCAGACGAAAUUGUCCAUCAAGAGGACUUCGAUUAAAAAAGUUUCUGCCGUGGAAACUACUUGAUGAUCGCGGGGGGCUAUUGUGAUUUUACAGACUGAUCCGUUAGACGAUUUUUUCACGGAAUUUAUCGUAAAGAGUUUCUAUCAAUCUGAGAUAUUUAUCCACCGGAUUUAUGUGUAAUUAGAUCUAAUGUAGAUUUAGAGUCUUUAAUGUCAAUGUUUGCAGUGCCAUAUCAAUGUUCAAAUAAUAAUAAAUGAAGGAAUAUUUUCAAUGA